GGAUGGGCGAGGUCACCUGGCUGCGUCAGAUCCGAAGCUACCUGCUGAAGACCAUUUCCUCAAUUUGCGGCUGUUCAGAGUGCGGAAGGAACAGCUGUGUUAUACUUUAAAAACUUCGAAGGAUUAAAAGGCUUAAGGAUUUUACAAGACUUUUAGAGUGUCGAAUGGCGUGUGUGAGGAUCUUGCGAUUGGGAGUUAUCGUUUUCCUUUGUCAGGUAUUGUCGUGUGGAUAUGCGGAGGAGUCAACAUGUACACCUGGGUUUGAGUCGGAGUUAUUCGUUUUUGAAGUGCACAGAGAUCACCUUCACAGGGGAAAAAGACUAGGAAAAGUAACUUUUAAUAACUGCGAUGGAAGAACAAGAACGCUCUUUCAGUCCGUUGACAAGCGGUUUGAGGUGAACACGGAUGGUACUGUAUCGCUGAAGAGACAAGUGACUCUUCAUGAAGGCCACAAGGUGUUUUCUGUGCACGCUUGGGACUCCAAUGGCAAGAAGCACACUGUAUCUGUAAAAGUUGAGCAUGUCCACCAUCAUAAGGAACAUCACAUGGAUACGGUCAUGAACAUCUCCGCGCCAGAGAUGGAAUUGCCCUCUGAUCAGGUACUGACUUUUCCAAAGUCUUCAACUGGUCUAAAGAGAGCAAAGAGAGGUUGGGUUAUUCCUCCGUUUAAUCUACCUGAAAACAGCCGAGGUCCUUUCCCAAUGAAGCUGGUCCAGAUAAAGUCAGACUAUGCCCUGGAAACUCAAAUGGUAUACAGCAUCACAGGUGAAGGAGCGGAUCAAGACCCAAAGGGGAUUUUUACUAUUGAAAGAUUGUCAGGGAAUCUCAUGGUGACUCAGCCACUCGAAGAGAAAAAAGCUUCAUACAGUCUUGUAGCGCAUGCUACAGGACUUGGUGUGAAUAUAGCAGAAAAACCAAUGCCUAUUGAGGUCAUUGUGAGCGACCAAAAUGAUAAUAAGCCUGUGUUUACUCAAAACCCUUUUAAUGGACGCGUUCAUGAAGCUGCUGGAAAAGAUUAUGAGUUUAUGACGGUCACAGCCACUGAUGCAGACGACCCAAAUGAGCACAAUGGUAUAGUCACCUAUACAAUUUUCAGCCAAGAGCCGCCGUUGCCAAAACCAAACUUGUUUGAUAUCAACACUUCAACUGGAACCAUUCGUGUGCGAGAACCAGGCAUGGACAGAGAGCAAUACCCCAGAUAUACUUUGUUAGUUGUAGCUACUGACGGGCAAGGACAAGGUUUUUCAACCACUGGCACAGCUGUUAUUACAAUUACUGACAGCAAUGAUAACGCACCUCAGUUUGAGCAAACCUCGCACAUCGUAUCUGUGCCAGAGAAUAAAGUAGGGGCUGUAGUGGCCACACUUACAGUUACUGAUGGAGAUGAAGUUGGAUCAUCUGCCUGGUCAACCAAGUAUCGUAUUAUUAGUGGUGAUAAGGGUGGGUUUUUCAAUGUCAGUACUGGACCCAGCCAGCUGGAGGGCAUUAUCACCACUGUAAAGCCCCUGGACUUUGAGAAGACCAAGCAAUACGUUCUGUCUGUGAUUGUUGAGAAUGAUGAUCCUUUUGUUGGUUCUUUGCCCACUUCCACUGCCACAGUCACAGUGAAUGUAGAAGAUGUAAAUGAACCACCUGAGUUCAAUCCAAAGGAGAGGAUUAUUUACAAAUCUGAAGAUGCACCAGUUGAUAAGGAAUUAGUUAUUUAUACAGCCACUGAUCCAGACACUGGAAAAGCGCAGAAGAUAACGUAUAGAAUGGGUAAUGAUCCUGCUGGUUGGCUAAGUGUGUCUCCAGAUACUGGAGCAAUUAAAGUCAGAAACCUUAUGGAUAGAGAAUCUGCCUAUGUGAAAGACGGCAAAUACAGAGCUACCGUUUUGGCCGUGGAUAAUGAUGCAACAUCUCCUGCGACUGGCACAGGAACCCUGCUAAUUGAAUUGGAGAAUGUAAAUGACAACCCUCCUGUUAUUAAUGAAAGAGAGAUAAGCAUUUGCAAUCGUGGAUCAGCCCCGGUUCUUCUCUCUAUAACGGACAAAGACGGACCUCCUUUUGCUGCACCCUUUAGCGUUGAGACCCAAGGAGAAACCAGUAAAAACUGGUCCACCUCAAUGAAUGACACAUUAACUGGUGUUUAUCUGCAACUCAAGACCCAGUUGGAGCAGGGGGUCUACAAUAUCGUCCUGAGAGUUUAUGAUCAGCAUAAGCUGUAUCAGGACAGCUCCAUUCAGGCAACUGUGUGUGAGUGCACAGGACAAGAAGUCCUGUGUCGUGACGUGCGUAUAUCAGGGUUGCCACUAUCUGGAGUUCUUGGGAUCCUGGGAGGAAUCUUGGCUCUGCUGUUGCUCCUCCUCCUUCUGCUAUUGUUCAUGAGGAGAAAAAACAGUACCAAAAAAGAACCCCUCCUUCCUGAGGAUGACAUAAGAGACAACAUCUACUAUUAUGAUGAGGAAGGCGGUGGCGAAGACGAUCAGGAUUAUGAUUUGAGUGUGUUGCAUCGUGGCCUGGACAACAGACCUGAAGUGUUCCGAAAUGAUGUGGCUCCCACCUUUCUGCCAGCGCCGCAGUAUAGACCACGACCAGCCAACCCUGAGGAGAUUGGGACAUUUAUUGAUGAUAAUCUGAAGGCUGCAGAUAAUGACCCCACAGCACCCCCAUACGACUCUCUUCUGGUGUUUGACUAUGAAGGAGGAGGCUCAGAUGCAGGUUCACUCAGCUCCCUUAACUCUUCCAGCUCAGGACACGACCAAGACUAUGACUUCCUCAAUGAGUGGGGCCCACGCUUUAAGAAGCUAGCAGACAUGUUUGGAGGAGGAGAGGAUUAAGAUAUUUUUUUUUUGUUUGUUUGUUUUAUGCUUUAUGCAGGAGGCACGUUGAUGGUUUAUAAAUCCAAAAAUAUGAGAAUUUUAUACUUCACUUUAUGGCCUGGUUAUUUGCAUACUAUGUUUAAAGUUGGAACUGGAAUAAUAGCACUGCAUCAGCAUAGACAAAAAUAUUCUGACUUGAAGUGUUUUCUUUUCAUGGGAGCAGUUUUGUUUUUUUGUUUUUCUUUUCUUUUUCUUUUUUUCUUUCCCUUUCCCCUCCUGUCCCCUUUUUAAACAAAGCUCCCAGUUGAAAAGACUUUGAAUAUUUGCUCUGAUUGCUCAGUAGGUAAGAAGCUUUAAUACAGCUUAAGAUGUUUGUCUCAAUGAUGUUUUCCCGUAUAUUUUAUGUAAUGCUUUUUGCAAAAUGAGCAUUCUUUCAGCAUUGUUACCUUAUGUUAAUGUUGGCAUUAAAGUUUGAAAGCAUGAAUUAUACUGUAAAUUUACCAUUUUUGAAAAGCACGUUUUUUUAAAAAAAAAACAAAAAACAUUUUGUAUAUUUGCAGGUGUUUUAUUUUUUGUUUUUUUUUUUUUUUUUUUUUCUCCUCUUGGUUGCAAAAAUGUUAAUGACCUUUUUUAAAAUGCUUUCUAUAGUUAUGAUUGUUUAAGCAUUGUUUUACACUGCAUAUUUUAUUAAACAAAUUACUUUUAA